UUUCAAUCUCUGUAUGCAGGGUAGUUUCGACAUUCUACACAAAAGCUGGAUAAACAGUCGUUUUGGAUAGGCCCUCUUCUCCCUCUCUUAUCAAAACAGUUGCUCACUGAUGCUGGAGAGCUCUUGACAAUGGCUUCUUCUUCAAUCACCUCUUCUUUUCAGACCAGCAAUUUGAGAUCUGUAUUCUUGGGUGAAAGAAACAGAAUUUGUGUACCUAGUGUUCCUGUAACUCGCAUUGGUUUUUUGAGAAAGGCUAUUGAAUGUAAGGAGUCACGGAUAGGGAAGCAACCAAUUCAAGUUCCAUCCAAUGUGACAAUCAAAUUGGAAGGUCAGGAUUUGAAAGUAAAGGGUCCAUUGGGGGAACUUUCAAGGACUUACCCACGAGAAGUGAAGCUUGAGAGGGACGAGGAUGGAAUCAUUCGGGUGAAAAAGGCACUAGAAACUAGAAGAGCGAACCAAAUGCAUGGUCUUUUCAGAACACUUACGGACAACAUGGUGGUGGGAGUAUCUAAGGGUUUCGAGAAGAGACUUCAACUAGUUGGUGUUGGUUAUCGUGCAAAUGUAGAAGGAAAAGACUUGGUAUUAAGUCUGGGGUUCUCUCAUCCAGUUAGGAUGGCAAUCCCUGCUACCCUACAAGUGAAGGUGGAAGAGAACACCAGGAUCGUUGUCAGUGGAUUUGACAAAUGCUCCAUUGGUGAGUUUGCUGCUUCAAUUAGGAGAUGGAGACCCCCUGAACCAUAUAAAGGUAAGGGUGUGAGGUAUGCCAAUGAAAUUAUAAGAUUAAAGGAGGGGAAAGCAGGGAAGAAGAAGUGAUGAAUGUAUUUCUUUCAUUAUAUUUUGUCUCAGGUUUUUGCUCAUUCGUAUGCAUCAACAAUGUGGGAUGUAUUAUACUGACAGUAACUCUUUAAAUUGGCAAGCAGUGUAAUUUCCCCCCCUUUCCUUCAA